GCUUUCUGAUUGGUUCUCACCUCCGUCGCUCUAUUGAUGAUGUCCUUCCUGUUCACCCUAAGAACACGUGUAGGGUGUACAUUUUCGAGCUGAGGGGAAUAACGGCAACAAAACAUCGCCGUUCAGACACCUUCGUAUUUUUUUUCUGUGGAAGGCUUUACCGAGUAAGAGGGCAACAUGGUGAAGACACGGUACAAGGGGAAAAGCUCAAUAAACCCCUCAACAUCCAGCAGCAACCCCGAUCGAGCCAAAGGUGCUGGUGGAAACAACAUGAGGGACCGAGCCACUAUCAAGCGCCUGAAUAUGUACAGACAAAAACAAAGAUGUGAUAGCCGUGGAAAAGUCGUCAAACCUUUACAGUACCAGUCCACAGUAGCUCCGGGAACUGUUGCCAGAGUUGAACCUAACAUCAAAUGGUUUGCAAAUACCCGUGUGAUCAAGCAGUCAUCCCUCCAGAAAUUCCAGGAGGAGAUGGAGGCAGUAAAGAAGGAUCCAUAUCGUGUGGUGAUGAGACAAAGCAAAUUGCCUAUGUCCCUUUUGCACGAUAGAGUCAAAGCCCAUAACUCUAAGGUUCACAUUCUAGACACGGAGGGUUUUGAGAACACUUUUGGACCUAAGGCUCAAAGGAAGAGGCCCAGUCUUGUUGUGGGCGAUGUCAAGGACCUUGUAGAGCAAGCUGAGGCCUCAGCCCUAAGUUAUAAUGCAGAAAAUGACAAAGACCUGGUUACCGAGGACACAGGGGUCCGGGCGGAAGCACGUGAGGAGAUUUUCAAAAAGGGUCAGUCCAAGAGAAUCUGGGGAGAACUUUACAAGGUGAUUGACUCAUCUGAUGUCAUCAUCCAAGUGCUGGAUGCCCGAGAUCCUAUGGGAACACGGUCUAAGAGCAUUGAAACGUAUCUAAAGAAAGAGAAAUCCUGGAAACAUCUGAUCUUUGUUCUAAACAAGUGUGACCUUGUGCCCACCUGGGUCACGAAACGUUGGGUGGCUGUUCUGUCUCAAGAAUAUCCCACUUUGGCUUUCCACGCCAGCCUCACAAACUCAUUUGGUAAGGGCUCUCUCAUCCAGCUGCUCAGGCAGUUUGGCAAGCUCCACACAGACAAAAAACAAAUAAGUGUGGGUUUCAUCGGAUAUCCAAAUGUUGGAAAAAGCUCGAUCAUCAACACUCUGAGGUCAAAGAAGGUUUGCAAUGUUGCACCCCUCGCUGGAGAAACGAAGGUGUGGCAGUACAUCACUUUGAUGAGGCGCAUCUUCCUCAUUGACUGCCCUGGUGUUGUCUACCCCUCAGAAGACAGUGAAUCUGAUAUUGUUUUGAAAGGAGUAGUUCAAGUGGAAAAGAUCAAGAACCCAGAGGAGCACAUCAGUGCAGUACUGGAGCGGGCCAAACCAGAAUACAUUCAGAAGACCUACCGCAUCCCUACUUGGAACUGUGCUGAUGACUUUCUUGAGAAACUGGCGUUUCGCACAGGGAAACUUUUGAAGGGCGGUGAGCCAGAUCUCGCCACAGUCUCUAAAAUGGUAUUGAAUGACUGGCAGAGAGGACGUAUCCCCUUCUUUGUGAAACCCCCUGGACUGAAGGAGAUCAAGAGGAUGAGAAGCCACUGCCAGUUGCAGGACCGUCGAGGUAGUAGAGCAUGUGCAGAAGGAACAACCAGACAAUCGGACGCCAUCUCAGAGGAACGUGAGGAAGAACAGCAGAGACAGAAGGAACAGGUCCAGAAGAUUCUGGCUAAUGUCAGACAAAACUUUGGCAAAAUCAGUGUGGCUCCAGAGUUCAGCGAGGAAGACUUAGUUCCCAUGGACAUGCCUGAUCUGGACAUGUCAGAUUUUUCUGGCUCUGAUGGUGAGGAAGAUGAGGGCACAGAGGAAACGAAGGCAAAGAGGAAGAUGCGACAAGCGUUGAACCAGCUGAUGAAGGAUAAACUGUUUGCCUUGUUUUGUAAUGAUUUACUUUUUUCCAUUUCUUUGGACAGGAUACCUAAGGCGCUUUCUGACAAAGUGUUCACAGACAUCAAGACUAAACAGUCAGCAGCGACUAAGCAAGCACAGAGAAAGAGAAGAGCAAUGGAUCGUGCUCAGAGGACGAAGAAGUUGGCGUACUUAUUAUGA